CACAGGCAUACUUCAUUCAUAAUCCCUAAGUACUUGGUACGGGUAAUUAUUCAACACGGUUAUAUAUCGCACUACACGUGGUUACUCUCCAUUAUCGCAUUUUGUCCCACUGACACGCAUCUCCACUUGCAUGAAUCGACUUACCCCGACCGAAAGCGAGGAGUAUUCUAUAUAUGCCGCCAUCAGGCUGCUCAUCAGAGUAUUCUUCUACAUCACUAUAACCCUUCCAUUGAGAAUUCUCAGAGAAACAUGUCACUUUCUUGGCUUGGAUGCAUUCCCUAGCGGCAUCGGUCGGGACCGCACGAGGAAUAGCCCGAUGCCCAAAUCACCGGAGAGCCAUACGUCUGAGGCCAAGCAGAAAUUUAUUGAAAAAAUUGUCAACUCCCGGGAUAUAAUCGAUCUUGUCGAGGCCCAUGGCUACAGACUCCAUGAACACGUGGUACAAACCCAGGACGGAUACUUGCUCACGAUACACCGUUUGUUCUCUCCAAGCUCUAGCGCCUCGGAACCAGACAUGUACCCAAAGCCGGUGGUUUACUUCCAUCAUGGUCUCCUCACAAACUCUGAGCUCUUUGUCUUAGGAGAGACCACUGAAAAGUGUCUCCCGUUCCUCUUACUCAAGCGUGGCUACGACGUGUGGCUAGGCAACAACAGAGGGAACAAGUACUCCAGAAAGCAUGUUUCCCGCAGAGCCAACGACAAGCAAUUCUGGAACUUUUCCCUCGAUGAGUACGCCUUGUACGAUAUCCCCAACUCGGUGGACUACAUCCUACAGGCGACAGGCGAAAGCCUGGUGACUUAUGUUGGUUUCAGUCAGGGGUCGGCCCAAGCUUUAGCUGCCCUCUCGCUCUCGCCUGCUUUAAACAAGAAGAUUAACCUUUUUGUUGGGCUUUCCCCGGCCAUGGUACCGAGAAACUUGAAUCACCCUUUAUUAAAGAACAUCGUCAACUUGGCACCACGAUUCUUGUUUCUGGCGUUUGGCAAGAGGGCUAUCGUUCCAUCAGUAAUCUUCUGGCAGAAGCUCUUUGGCCCCAAGCUCUACGAACAAGUCGUGGAUAAGUCGCUUACCGUCUUGUUUGGCUGGAAGUCCCAGAAUAUCUCGCCGGCGCAGAAGUUGAUGGGCUAUACCCACAUGUUCUCCCCCUCGUCCGUUAAGUCGGUAGUACAUUGGUUUCAAAUCAUCAAGACCCGUCGGUUCCAGAUGUACGACGAAGGAGGAAACGCGGGGUCGUUGCUUACCUCGCUUACCCUGGAAUCGACGUUUAGUAAGAACCACAGGGUCGCUCCGUUCCCAGUCCAGAAUAUCACCACCCGGAUCAUGUUGGUGUAUGGCAAGUCCGACAUUUUGGUCGACAUCGAUAGUUCCAUGGCUAACUUAACCCCGAGGGAGUUGGAGGUAUUGGGGGUGGAUGGCUAUGAGCACAUGGACACGUUAUGGGGUGAAAACGUAGAACUGUUGGUGUUCGAGCCUAUUUUGGAAAAGAUUGCCUCGUGUGUAGAAGGCAUCCAUGGGAGCUACAUCAGCUCCGAAACAUUGGUGACCAUGGUUGGAGACCAUGAAUUGGCUUCGGGGACGCUUUUGACAAAGGAAGUCAAGCAAGAGAGGCAGAUCAGGCGGGUUAUCGAGACCUUGGAAAAGGGCGACGAUUUGUUUGUUUAGUUUAAUUAGGGACUAGCAUUAGUAUAAAUUGCAAUACUCGAGUACAAAAGAUGCUUUUGGCAGUGGUGGAAGGACU